UUUUUUUUUUAUUUUUAUUUUUUUGUUUUUGGUUAAUUUUGCGCUUUGGCCCGUUUCUUUUUCUGGUUACACUAAUCCUUGGAGCCAUGGUUGCUGAAGCGAAGGAUCAAACCACACAAUCUUACCAGGAUGUGGCUAAUCAACCAAAGAGCUUAUCCCCUGAUGCAACUGGCUUUGCACUUAAGGUGAGAAAACCCUAUACUAUCACAAAACAGAGAGAGAGGUGGACAGAGGAGGAACAUCAAAGGUUUAUUGAGGCCCUGAAGCUGUAUGGCCGUGCUUGGCGCCAAAUUGAAGGACACGUGGGGACCAAAACCGCCAUCCAAAUUCGCAGCCACGCUCAAAAGUUCUUUGCAAAGGUCACCAAAGAUUCACCCGGAGAUGCAGAAGGAUCUCUGAACCCAAUCCAGAUUCCCCCUCCUCGACCUAAGAAGAAACCUUCACAUCCUUACCCUCGUAAAAUGGUCGACUCAGCCAAUACAGAAGCUGUGGCCGUGGCCCCUCAACAAGCAGAAGGGUUGACCGAUAUGUCUGUUUCUGAGAGAGAAAACUAUUCCCCAACUUCAGUUUUGUCGGCCAUCGGUUCCAACAAUGUGGAAUCCCCACUUGCCGAGACUCAAAAAUCCAGCCUUUCACCGGCUUCAUGUGCGACUGAUAAUGCUAAUGAUAAUGAACAUGCCAUGUCAGAUGAGUCUUCGAAAGAGGAAGACGGUUUGGGUUUAUCGUUGAAAAUGUGUGCUGCUUCGGGCCCGGAUAAUAAAUCCUCUACCGUGAAGUUCGAGUUAUUUCCUGAUGAGGGAACUGAAUCGUCGCCAUGUGGUGGACAAAAUUGUGCAAGUAUUAAACUAUUUGGGAAGACAGUUGUGGUAAGAGAUAAUCCAAAACAGUCCGAAGAAGCUUUGGAAGAUAAUGAAUCCUUAGUCCCUGGUGUUGUUCUGAGUGAGGUUUCUGAAAUGGAAAAAUCUAGAAACUCGAAUCUUGAAGUUUCUGAAUUAUUCUCGAAUAGUGCAACUCCAUUGAAUCCAGUGGGUGGCCCAACGGAAAACGUAUUUAGUUUCCCGUGGUGCACUUGGUACAAUGGUCCUGUUUACUACCCUUACCAUUUACCCGUAGAAAAUGUCGAAAACGGCCCCGGAGGAGUAAAUGAAGAAGAGGAGUCUCUUGUUGGUUCAAACAGUGGGUCCAUGAGUGAAGUCAAUGCCGAGAACCGAUACAGUGAUGUGGUUGAGUCAAGAAAUUUGUCGGACAGGAGAAGAGGGAAAGGUUUUGUUCCGUACAAACGGUGUUUGGCUGAGAGGGAUGAAAAAUCGUCGUUUUCCUUUGUGCAAGGACGUGAGAGUCAGCGGGCUCGUGUUUGCUCAUAGCACUUACUGCUAUAAUUUAGCUAUUUCUUUCGUUUUUUUCCGGUAACACUUCUAACCCGGGUCACCUUUUUCGACAGUGGAGUUCUAGCUGCCAAAUGUGAGAUUUUAAUUUCAUGCAGUACAUUCAACUUCUGAAUAAUCAUAGGUGACCUCGUAUUGACAAUAACACAAUAGAAUGUGAUGUUUAUUUUAUUUUAUUUUUUUUGUUCUUUUCUUUUUUUCCUAGUUGAACUGUGUUUCAGAUUUCGUAAUUUACAAUGUAACUUUUGUACAAACUUUUACUGUCUAAUCUCCCUGCUAAUUCAGCUUGUUCAAUCAUUGAAGCCUCAACUUAUUCUUU